AUGUUCAAUAGUAAGAAACCUAAAUUUAAACUUGAUUUGGGUAUUAACGAAUUGUCUAACAUUCCUCAGGUUAGUGGGAAUUGUUAUAUAGAUUUACAAAUUAAAGAUAAUAAAAGAAUUAAAUCUUUGCCGUUUAAUUUACCCUUUAAACCCAAUGAUGAUGAUUCUCUGUCAUCAUUAUCAUUGAACUCAUCAUCAACUUCAAGUUCAGGAAAUGUUUCCAUAAUAACUUCCAAUAAGAAGAUUCAUAACUUCAAAUGUUCUUUUAAUUAUAAAGUUGGAUGUAAUUUGAAAUUUGGCUUUAAAAGAAGAGAAAACCUUAUUAAUGAUAAAUUCCUUAUAAUGAAGAUUUAUUAUGUUAGUGAUAAAGAUAUUAAUGCCCAUCAUCAUCAUAAAAUAGAGUUAGGUAAAUUAGAAAUCAAUUUAUCGGAAUAUUUAAAUUUUGAUGAACCAAUCACUUCAAAGUAUUUAUUGAAAGAUUCCAAAGUUAAUUCAAUUUUAAGUUUAACCAUUCAUUUAAGUGAAUUACCUUCAAAUUUCGAUUUCCAUACUCAAUUAACAAUCACUGAUAAUAAUUCCAAUCAUGAAAAAACCGACCAAUCAAAGAUAUCAUUGAAUGCAAAUUCUUCAACUACAAAAUAUAAUGUCCCCCAAUUCGAAAGGAAAAAUAUCUUUGGAGGUCUUAAUGAUGUUAUUGGAUCAAGUUCAGAAAAGGAUAAAACUUCAUAUAAAUCAAGUGAUGAAGGACAAGAGAAAUCUGAUAGAAAACCUAGUUCAUUAAGAAUCGAUACCGCAACCACUGGACAAAUAAAUAAGAAAGAUCCGGUAAUAAUGAUAGAUCCUAUAGUGAAUGAUUUAUAUAGAAAGAUUCUUGAAUCUACCUGGGAUCCUAAUCUCCAUGCAUUACUUGAUUUCACUCCUGAAGUGUGUGUAGAGAGUAUAUUUGAUGGAACUUUCCCUCAAUGGAAAGAGAGAUUAAUGCUGGAAAUUAAUACUCAUUAUGAUGAUGAUGAUGCCGAUAUUAGAUGUAUAAAUGGUUUGGUUAAUGAAUUGAAUUACCGUGAUGAUUUAAAGAGUUGGACAAUUAGCGAAGUUUCUUAA